GUUGCAGACACAGGUGCUGUAUUUACCUUUGGAAAGAGUAAAAUAGCAAACAAUGUGCCCAGCAGGUUAUGGCUGAAGAGUGAUAUACCUGUGCACAUCUCAUGCGGACAGUCACACUCAGCCUUUGUAACAGAGCAGGGUCGUUUGUUUGUGUUUGGAGAUAAUAACAGAGGUCAGCUUGGUCUGCAAAUCAAAGGACCAGUGACUAAACCGGUCUGUGUUAAAGUUCUUAAAGGUGAGAGAGCGCAGUCUGUUGCCUGUGGGACAGAUCACACACUCGUAAGCACCUCACAAGGAGAAAUACUUGCAGCUGGAGGAAACAGUGAUGGACAGCUGGGAUUGGGCCACUGUAACGACAGCAUCUCUUUCCAGCGGCUCCGCCCCUUUUGUGACUAUGCUCCAAUCAAAUUGCUCUCUGCAGGUGACCACACUUCUGCUGCACUUACAGAAGAUGGCAGGCUGUUUCUGUGGGGUGAUAACUCUGCGGGUCAGCUUGGAUUUGGAAAUGACAGCCAUGCCUUAUUGCCUAAAGAGCUGAAUAUGGGGCAGUCCAUUCACUGGGUCUCAUGUGGAUACAGACACUCUGCUCUGGUCACAGAUAGUGGGGAUGUUUAUAGUUUCGGGGAAAGUGCAGAUGGACGGUUGGGUCUCUCUGCUCAUCAGCUGGCGAAUCACAGUUAUCCUCAGCGGGUUGAGUCUUUGCACAGUGUUCUGCAGGUGGCAUGUGGAGGAAAACACACACUCGCCCUCACAGAGGAUGAGUUAUAUUGUUUUGGCGGUGGUGAGUUUGGGCAGUUGGGGUUAGGGACGCUUGUGUUUGUAGCAGAUUCACCGGUGGCUGUCGGCCAUUUCAGGAAAGGCAGAGUCACCCAUGUCACAUGUGGAGAACAGCAUAGUGCACUUAUAACAGAUAGUGGUCUUCUCUACACGUUUGGAGAUGGCCGUCACGGGAAGUUAGGCCAUGGAGAUGAAAACUUCACCAAUCAGUUCACUCCAACCGUGUGCCAGAGGUUCUUUGAAUACUCAGUCAUGACUGUGGCAUGUGGUUCCAGUCAUAUGCUAGUGUUCGCACGGCCACGACAACAGGAAAAUGAAGAAGUUUGUUUGGAGGAUGAAGACGUUACCUACUCUUACCUGGACAGGUGUUAUACCACCAUGAUACAAGGGCAACCAUUAGAGCAUAUUCCAGACCCUGAAUCUGCUCUUGUUUCACAAUCCACCUCUCUCUCCUCACCUCUUCCAACCUCUCAUCGCUGGAGCCUAUCAACACGUGCCAGACGCAGACAGAAGGAGAGCUCAUCUGCACAGUUUGGUCCAGAAUUUAGCAAUCUUCCUCCUCUCACAACUAGCUAUACUGCACUUGCCCUAACAGGCACCAUCCUACAGCCCAGAUCUGCAAAAGGCACUCCAAAACACAUUAAUACUGAUGCCCCUGUGGAUACCUCCAUCACAGUUCUUUCCAAGGAACCUUCAUUCACACCCAUCACCAAGAGCCCAGACGACUGCCAGUGUGUUGAAACGUCUGAAAACAGCCUGUCAGACAAGAAUUCUGCUGGAAGGGAAGAGAACGUAUUUCAGCAGGCUCUGCCUACUGAAUUACAGGUUGCUUCUGUUUCACAUCCAUCAAUAACAGAAUCUCAAUCAUCAAGCAAUCUAAUGCAUAAGAAGCCCAGGCCUGGAGAUGCAGAGAACAAUGCAGAGGUGGAGGAACAAUCUUCUGUUACAGCACUGCAAAGCAAAGUGCAACCCAAAAUAGUCAAAACAACUAUCCAGAGUACAAAUAAUAGAUAUAAAGGUAAAAAAAUAGAAGUCAAAUCAUCUCCAGAUGGAAUAUCAGCAAAAGAACUUAGUAAAACUUGGAGUACAAAUAUUGAUUUAAAGGAAACUGUUGCAAAAGCAGACAGAUAUAGUAAAGAUUCCAGAGGUGAAGAGGUUAUUACUCUUUCUGAUACAGAGCAAGAGACCAAGUCAAGUUCAAUUAAAAUUCCACUGACAAGUUCUUCAGUUCAGGAAGUUGAAAAAGUAAGAACAACACCAACAAGCACUCAAGAGGUCCAAUCUCCUAUAAGCAAAGAGGCUGGUAUUCCAGAAAAAGCCUCAAAAAGGGUCAAUUCACCGAUCAAGGUUCAAGAAAUGCCCACCGGUGAGAUGGAAGUUAGUAAAGUUAAACCAACGCCUCAAAGCGACAUUGAGCCUUCAAUUGAAACACUGAUCAACACACAGGAACAGCGGAACUUAACACCAGUCAAAAUUACAGCCGAAAUGCAAAGCACCCUAAAAAAAGGAAAUGAAAAGAUGGAUGUUAACACCCCUAGUGAUCAUACAGCAAAGAAAGCAAAAAACAAGAGAACCGCUGUUGAAAGAGGCCCAAUCGCAGAACUAUCACCCCAAACACCCAGCCCUCUAUCAGUUUCAACACAAAAGUCCAAAGUGGAGCCUGAAAACUCAAGUUUGCAGCUUAGAUCUGCAAUGCAAACACAAGAAGCAACAGAAAAAGGGGAAACGAACAGUAAUUCACCUCAGAGCUCAGAGAAUAGAUCAUUUCCCACAAUAAAGAGCAAAAAAUCAGAUGCAGAAAAAAGCCAAUCCGCUUCUACCCUGCAGUCUGACCAGAAAAAUAGCCAGUCAUCCACCAACAAAGCACUUGCGGAACAGAAACAUAAAUUUCCUUCUAUUAAAAGCUUAGCUCCAGAGAGAAGCCACUCAGUUUCCAAUUUAUGGUCCAAUAACCAAUCAGCAACCAAUAAAUCGUCCGCCCCAAAAGCAGCUGAAUCUGGUAAACUGUUCAGCUCAACAAGUUCAUCACCUCAGCUCAGGCAGUCACCGCUUAACAAGAGGAAAUUGAAAACAGUUGAAGAUAAAGAGCCGGUUUUGGUAACAGAGACCCCUCAUCAACAGUCUGAGCAGAGCCUUAUGGGUAGUGUAGUUUCAGUGCUACCAGCUAUGGCUAUAGCUGCACCACUACUGAUAAAAGCAGCUGAAGUUCUCUCUGAAACGUCACUAGAACAAAGUAAUGAGAUGUCAUCAUGUGCAUCGGCGUCUCAGGAAACAGCAGGAAAUAAGAUCCUGAUAGAGCAGGAAGUGGAGCAAGACACCACAGUUCAAGAUAUAUCAGCAACUGAGGAAACAGAUGACAGAAACAAACAGGAGAUCGUAGAGGACUUACAGAAUGAGCUUGUUUCAGAUAAAGUGUAUACAGGUGGUAAUGAAAAAAUGGAUGAUGAUGAUGAUGAAGAUGUGAAAGGACAUGAGACAGAAAGAGAAGAAAAAGAGAGUGUCGCUGAGGAGGAGGAUAACAGUGAAGGUUGUGGGAAGAAAGACAAUGCUUUUGAAGACGAACCAGAAGGAGAGAGUGAGAAUGCUCCAAAAGGAGGAGAGGACAGUGAGGAAGAGGAAGGCGAAGAAGAGGAAAGUGAUGCAGUUGGACAGGAAGAGAAUGGCGAUGAUGGUGGAAAGAGCAGUGAAAUUGAGGGAGAGAAGAGUAAAGGAGGAAGUGGAGACAUGGCUGAAAGUGAAGAGGUGGAGGAAAGUGAAGGACAAGAGGAAGGAGAAACUGAAGAUAAAGAUGCUGAAGAUGAGGAAGAAGAGAGAGAAAGCGAGGAUGAAGACAGUGAGAGACAGAUUGAGGAUGAGGAGAAAACCGAUGCUGAGGAAGGAGAGAGCAGUAAUGAGGGGGAACCUGAACGAUCUGAGAGUGAGGAUGUUAGCAAGAACGAUCGAUCUGAUGAAGAGGAAGGAGAGAGUGAAGAAAAUGGGAGUGAAAGAGAGGAAGAAGAGGAUGUAUUGGAAGGAGAACAGGAAGAGAGUGAAGUUGGGAAUGAAGAUGAGGAAAAUCAGGAAGAGGAAGAGGAAAACCAGACAAAAGAGGAAGAAGAAGAGGAAAAUAAUGAAGAAAUGAAAGAAGAGAACAGUAGCGAAGAUGAGGGAGAAGAGAGUGUGAGAGAGAAAGAAGAGCAGGAGGUGGAAGAGGAAAAACUGUCAGAGGAAGGCAGUGAAAGACAGGAAGGAGAUGAACAAAUUGAAGAAGAAGAUGAAGAGGGCGAGAAAGAAGGAAAAAUGAAAAGUAGUGAAGUGAAAUUUAGAGAAGCGGAAACAGAUGAUGAAGAAAAUAAUGAAGAAAACACAGAGGACAAAAGUGGAAGUGGGGAAGAAGAAGAUGAUGAUGAAACAGAGAAGCAGGAAGAGAGACAUGGAAGGAAAGAUAGAGAAACUGAGGAAGAAGAAGGAGGUGAAGAAGAGGAGGAAGAAGCAGAACAGAAGGACACCAGCGAAGAGGAAGAACAGGCAGAAGAGAGUGAAGAAGAGGAGGAAGAAACAGAGCAAAACAGUGGAAAAACAAGAGAAACUAGUGAGGAAGAGGAAGAACAGCAAGAAAAUGAGGAAGAAGAGGAGGAGGAAGAAGAAGCAGAAUGGAAGGAAAAGAAACAGAGAGAAUCUAAUGAAGAGGAAGAGGAAGAAGGCGAGGAAGAAAAGGAGGAAGAAGGAGAGCAGAAAGAAAAUGUUGAAAAAGAUAAACAAAACAGCAAGCUGAGGGAAAAUAAAGAUGAGGAGGAAGAAGAGGAAGAGGAGGGUGAAGAGGAAGAAGAAGAGGGUGAAGAAGAGGAGAAUGAACCUAAAAAUAAAAAUAUAAAAACUGGGAAAGAUGGCAGAAAACAGAGAACAAUUACUGAAGAGGAAGAAGAAGAAGAAGAGGGUAAUGAAGAGGAAGAAGAGGAGGAAGAAGAAACUAAGCGGGAAAAAAAGAAUAUAAAAACUGAGAAAAAUAGACACAAACAAACAGUAACUAGUGAAGAGGAAGAAGAGGGUGAGGAAGAAGAGGAGGAGGAGGAGGAGGAAAGUGAAGAGGAAGAAGGUCAAGAGGAAGACGAAAGUGAAGAAGAGAACGAAAAGACCAAGAAAAUAACAAAACAGAAAGCCAAACCCAAUGUGUUACCUGCACGCAGGCAGACUGGACAGACAGAAACCCAGAAAACUAGACCAAGAGGCAAACAGAAUGUUAAAAUAAGGAAGCAAACAGAUGGUGCUCAGGACCCUCAGUUCUGGAACAAUGUUCUUCCUCAGUAUCUAAACCUUAAAUGAUUCUGCACACAGACACGCUCAGGGAAAUAAGACUGGCCUGAACAUCUGCCUGCAUACUUACAGUUCACAGACAUUGACAUUUUAAAGCCCGGGACACACCGAACCAUCAGGCAAUGCCAGGAGGUUGUAGAGCACGGGUUAGCUUUGGUUUUUUUCAGUGUAUUCUGCAGCACUGGCUCUAACCAGAUAUCAUUGGCUGUUUUAUAGCAGAUUCUAGAGUGAAGAGGUGUGUGUUCUAGUGCAUCUUAUUUUGCUUACUGUAAAUUAAAGGGGACCUACAAUGCCCCUUUUACAUGAUCUAAAAUAAGUCUCUGAUGUUCCUAGAUUGUAUGUGAAGUUUCAGUUAAA